CGGGGCGGCUCGGUGCGAUGGCGGCUCCGCGCCGGCCGAGCGGCGGGGGGCUGCGGAGGGCCCCGCAGGACGGGCGGCUGGAGGAGAUCAACAAGGAAUUUCUCUGUGAUCCAAAGUUCAGUGAUGAAGAAGACCUGGAGGAGAAGUUGGCAGCGUUCAAAGAGAAAUACAUGGAGUUUGACCUGAACAAUCAAGGGGAGAUUGAUUUGAUGUCUGUCAAAAGGAUGAUGGAGAAGCUGGGGGCUCCGAAGACCCACCUCGAACUGAAGAAGAUGAUCUCUGAGGUGACUGGAGGGGUCAGCGACACCAUCUCGUACCAGGACUUUGUCAACGUGAUGCUUGGAAAACGCUCUGCUGUGCUUAAACUGGUCAUGAUGUUUGAAGGAAAAGCCAAUGAAAGCAACCCCAAACCUUCUGGUCCCCCUCCAGAGAGAGACAUAGCCAGCCUCCCUUGAAGAGGACAGGCUGCAAAAUGGGCACUGUUUGCUUUGCUGGUCUGUAAAAGAGGUUACCUGUGCUUUGUUACUUUUUACUGUGGACAUUCCUAGUUUUCAACUAACCUGCCUUAGAGGAACAGCAAGGGAAGCCGGAGACCCCCAGCUCGUGUCUUUCUGCUGCUUGAUCUCUUAGAAGCUGUAGCACCAAGUGUAAUGUGAGACCAAAAAAAAAAAACCCACCCUGUGAUCUUACUCUUUCCUCUGCUCUUCCUGCAUUUCUCAGACGAGAAGCUGCUUUCUUCUCAGCAUAUGGAUUCAGAGCUGUGCUUGUCGUAACAGGUACCUAAAGGGCCUUGCUGCCAGACAUGGAGCAUUUCUCUGGCAAAGCCCCUGGGAGCAGCUUCGUGGGUGAAAAGAAAUAAGUGCCUUCUCUGCUCCAUCCUGUACUUCCCGACUUUGGAUUAGUUCUUCCCCUCCUGACCUCCCAGAAGUGCAAAUCAGGCUCUGCCUGAUCAUGUUCUAGGUGGAUGUGGGGAUGUGCUUGGACACACAGAAAUCUGCCUGCAGGGCUUGGGGUGGGCACGGCUGCCCUCAGGUACAGCUUCUGUCUGCUCCAGGGGCUCAUCCUGCAGGCAGAUCUCAGGGGUCCAACCCCCCCCCCCCACUGUGAGGGAGGAUGGUUAAAGCCACCUUAGGGACCCCCUUCCUGAUAAAUCUCGACUUGGAUCUGACCAGGAGCAUAACCUCUGAACAGGCUGUUUGUCUGUCCCACCCACGGAGUGCAGAAACAAGCUGUGAUGCCUUUGCAGCCCUGCAGGAUGCCUGGGGGAAGUCAAACCUUCAGGUGAAAGAAAGCAAGCUUUGGGUGACCAAACUCUGGGCCCUGCCAGACCAGUUGCAGGUGAGGAUCUGUCCUCAGGCAGCUGCUCUGUCCCUCUGGUUUUUGCAGACCUUCCUGGAUGUGUUUCAUCUGGGUCCCCUGGGCCUGUAGGGUGCAUUUCCCUCGUAGAUAAGCCCUCAAGUCUUCAAAAUCAGAAUGGCUGGAAGUGUGGAGUGUGAGCUGGGGCUGUGCUAUCCGUGCUCUGGUUACUGUGGUGAUUCUUGUUCCACGCACAAUUUCUGGAACCCAGGUGUUUGCUCUUUGCCCUUUCCCUACUCUUUUCGUAAAUGUUCUUGACAGCUUUCAACUUUUUUAAAAUCAUGGUUUAAUAAGUACUUUUUUUUUAAAGGAAAUACAGAUGAUUAACUCUACUAGGCUGAUUGUUUCUGCCAAAGGCUGCACUUUUAAAUAAAAAUAAUAAAAAAAACCCCAUUCUCACUACUGUUUGUGUGAAAACCAAAACUGUAAGGGAGAGAAAAAUUAUGAGUAAAAGCAGCACCAGUCUACUUCAAGGACUGAAAAUAAAUCUCCUGAACCUA